GGGUUAAGUUGUAGGUAAUUUUAACUUAAGCUUACAAAUUGUUAAAUAUUUAAAAAACUGGUACUGAACUACUGAAGCAGUUUAUAUUUAAAUUAUUCAGAAGUUGCAAUUUAAGAAAUUAUGCUUUACUGCAAAUAUAAAUAGACCUACUCCUAAAAAAUUUAAAUUCUAUAUUCCAUACGUAUAAUGUUUGUACUGGCUGAUUUAAAACAAUUUAUUGAAUGCCUUGCAGUAGUUACGACUAUUCUGCAGUUUCUUUCUGGCGUCUUGGUUUGUAAACGAUAUGUCUAUAAUGGUACAACUGGAGAAGCAUCAUCAUUACCAUUUACUUGCGGCUUUUUGUCAUGCAGUAUAUGGUUUCUGUAUGGAAUUACAAAGUAUGAUGGUAACUUAGUAUUAGUAAAUUCUGUGGGAGUGAUACUCAUGGUAUCAUAUAUUGUUGUGUUUUACUUACAUACUCUAAAGAAGACAGCAGUAUUAAGGCAGGCAUACAUUGCUUUAGGGCUUUGUGUAUUUGCUAUAGUUUAUGCUUAUAAUGAGGAGGAUAAUGACACCUUAUUGGAAUAUUUGGGUCUAACUGCUUGCUUAUUGACAUUAUUAACAAUUGCAGCACCAAUGAGCCAGUUGGUAUAUGUUGUGAGGAUGAAAAGUACCGAGUGUCUACCAUUCCCAAUGAUAUUAAUGUAUUUUGUUGUAUCAAGCCUGUGGUUUAUCUAUGGCUUGAUUGAAGUAGAUCAUUAUCUAAUGGCAACAAAUAUCAUUGGUGCUUCACUGGCGUUGGCACAGCUGUCACUAUUUGUAAUAUACCCUAGUCAACAUUCAUCAUCUAAUAUACUGAAGACAACAUUAGCAUAGAUAAAAUAUUAUUAUGAAGUGCUAAAACCAUGACAAAACUUUAGUAAACGUAGGAUUUAAUCCAUUUAUAUCAAGCGAAAUGUGUGAUUGUAUGUAUUUUAUGAGUUUACUUGUUAUAUUGUGUUGUGACAUGAAAGUAUUAAAAUAUGUUCAGUCUUAUACAACUGCAUAUUAAUAACGAUAGUAAAGUAUAAUUUUCAAAUGUAAAUGCAUGGUGAAAUAUGUGAAAUACUCAUUUGAAACAAGUGAUAACCAGAAAUCACGGUAUUAUUUUCUUUAUACCUUUGGUAAUAACUCAAGUUAUUUUAACAUAUUUAAGUUUAAUUGCAUUGCACAACUUAAAUACACUAUUUUAUUAAUUUAUAAAAAAAAUAUUUUAAUUUAAUAUAACAAUAAAUUGAGAUUCUUGCCUUUCUAAGGUAAGAUAGGCCUUUAAAAGGUCAGAACCGAGUAUUUGUUUCAGUUUCUUGAGCCAGUCAUUAGCCUUAAAGUAAGUAUGUUAUGUUAUUACGUAGAGAUUAUUAAAUAUCAAUUAUUCAUGUUAAAUCAAAUUAUACUAUUUCUUUAUUAUGAAAUUGAAUAUAAAAUAGUGAAGUAAUAGCCUAAUUUUUUAAUGUCUUGAUUGUGUUAAGGUUUUUUAAAUAUAUUUAUGAACGAUGUGGGUCUUGAACCCGCAACCCUUGGGUUCUGUCCUAGUCCUCCCAGUUGGUAAGUCGAACAAUUGUCAUUGGUGAAUGAAUAACGAUAAAAAGAUGAAUGUUGUUCGAGUCCCGCAUCAAUCAUAAAUAUUGGUUACAAAUUUAAGUUUAUAAACAUGUUUUUCAAUAUAUUAAAAUUGAUUACAGACUGCAAAAUAAAUAAAUUAUUUUGUCAUGUAUUUUAGAGAAUGACAUAAAGGGUUGUAUUUUAGUUUAAAUAUUAUUUUUAAUUUAAUCUCUGUUACUUUAGUAAAUUAUGUUUUCUAUACUGAAAUAUCUGUCUGGAACAGCUGAUGUAGAAUUAAGAUAAUAUAAGGUACAUAUACAUACCAGUGAGGAGUGAUAAUUUCCUACUUAACUUAUAAUUUUUAUUAUGAGCAACAAAUUCUGUAGUGAAAAUAAUUAUUACAAAAUAAAAUACUUACAAUAUUUUGUUAAUCACACUAACCAUUUCCACCAACAUUAUUUUGUGAAAACAAUUUUCUAGUUUUCAGUAUGGUAUUCAAGUGUCUUUUUUUAAAUUAUAUUUUAUUUUUACUUUUUAGUCUGAAAACAAUUAUAAUAUUGAGGGUUGCUACUUUUGUAAAUGUCACAGUUUAUUAAUGCGAAUAUCAUAAUUAGGUUUUUGUUUGUUGGCAGGUCCAUUGCAAAGCAAAAUAAUUAUUUAGUAAGACAUAUUUGAAACUCCUUUCCCAGUUAUAAAUUAUCAAAAUUAAUCAUAUUUUUAUUGAAGAAAGAUUAUAUAUUAUAUCUGCUAAUACAAUAUGUAGAUACUAUAAAUGUGUGUAUUAAUCCCAGAAGUGAGGGUAAUCACUUUAAAAACAUAACAAAUUGUUUCGAUUUACAAGAGCGACAUCUUAAGUCAAUUUCCUAAUAUGCAAAUAUUGGGGUUGAGCAGGUUAUCCACUGUAAAGUAGAUCCUGUAGAUGAAGCCACAACCUGAGAGUUGAACAAAGCAUACAUGAUUUUAUGACGAUACGUCACUCGAAUGGUUAGCUCAGUUGGGAGAGCACUCACACAGAACGCGAGAGGUCGUAUUUUGCUUUAAAAUUUUAUUUAUGUACUAUAAGUUAUUAGUAAUUAUAUAGUAUAAAAUAAGUAUUAUUUAUGUUCAAAUGUUCAUCGACUGUUGUUGAGACAGUAAAAUAGCUAUUUUUGCAUUUAUUUGGAGUGAUAAUAAAUUAAGACAUAAACUAAGGUUUUAUUUUA